CGAGAAAUGAAAGAAACAUUUGUUGUGUCUGUGUGUGUGUGGGUGGGUGGUACUUAGCCAAUUGUGAGCAAAUAACAAACGAGUGGCUUUCCCUUCUUCUCAUCCUAUAUAUACCAUUCCCAUCACUCCCCAUGCCCUCUCAAUUCACUUCCUAUCCCCUUCUCUGAUUCUCUCCAUAUAUUAUCUCAAACCCCUCUCACAGAAUGGGAAGUGCUGGAGGAACUGACUAUGGUGCAUACACUUAUGAGAAUCUUGAGAGAGAGCCUUACUGGCCAUCAGAGAAGCUUAAGAUUUCCAUCACUGGUGCUGGGGGUUUUAUCGCGUCACACAUAGCUCGGCGCCUCAAGACAGAGGGGCAUUACAUUAUUGCUUCUGAUUGGAAGAAAAAUGAGCACAUGACUGAGGACAUGUUCUGUGAUGAAUUCCAUCUUGUUGAUCUCAGGGUCAUGAAUAACUGCCUCAAGGUUACAGAGGGGGUUGAUCAUGUUUUCAAUCUUGCCGCAGACAUGGGUGGGAUGGGUUUUAUUCAGUCUAACCACUCUGUCAUUAUGUACAACAACACAAUGAUUAGCUUCAACAUGAUUGAGGCUGCCAGGAUUAACGGCAUUAAGAGGUUUUUUUAUGCCUCUAGUGCUUGUAUCUACCCUGAAUUCAAACAGUUGGAAACUAAUGUUAGCUUGAAGGAGUCUGAUGCAUGGCCAGCUGAGCCACAAGAUGCAUAUGGGCUAGAGAAGCUUGCAACAGAGGAGUUAUGCAAGCACUAUAACAAGGAUUUUGGAAUUGAGUGCCGCAUUGGGAGGUUCCACAACAUAUACGGUCCUUUUGGGACAUGGAAAGGUGGAAGGGAGAAGGCUCCUGCUGCUUUUUGUCGUAAAGUUAUCACUUCCUCUGAUAGAUUUGAGAUGUGGGGGGAUGGAUUGCAAACACGAUCAUUUACCUUCAUUGAUGAAUGUGUUGAAGGGGUGCUCAGAUUGACUAAAUCUGAUUUCCGAGAGCCAGUAAAUAUUGGAAGCGAUGAGAUGGUCAGCAUGAAUGAGAUGGCUGAGAUCAUUCUUGGCUUUGAGAACAAGAAUAUUCCUAUUCACCACAUUCCUGGCCCCGAGGGUGUCCGAGGUCGUAAUUCAGACAAUACACUUAUAAAAGAAAAACUUGGUUGGGCUCCAACUAUGAGGUUGAAGGAUGGACUGAGGAUCACAUACUUCUGGAUUAAGGAGCAGAUCGAGAAGGAGAAGGCUCAAGGUAUUGAUAUAUCAGUGUAUGGGUCUUCCAAAGUGGUGCAGACUCAAGCCCCAGUUCAACUAGGCUCACUUCGAGCAGCAGAUGGCAAAGAAUGAGGUGGUCAACAUAUGGCUGUAGUAGUAUUCACCUAAAUGUUUCAAGUGAAGAGUUGGAUUAUAUACAGCAACUAAAUAGCGGUAUCUGGUUAUUUUUAAUUAGCUGCUAAGGAUUUCUUAUGUAUCUGCUGGUUGUUCAUGUUUGAAUCGGAAGCCCUGAUGUUCCUAAUGUAUUUUAUAUAGUUUUUUAAGGCACUUCGUGGUGCUUAAGGUGGUUUACUGCACUAGAAGCUCUAAAUUAUUUGUUUUGAAUUUUGAUGUCUAAAUAAUUGAUUAGUAAGCAAAUAAUCUUUUCUUCCUUGUGAA